CUGGCACUCCCCAACGCCUGCCGUCUCCGUCGUCUGCUCCGGCACUCACCAUUCAGCCGGCAGCUGCAAUUCAGCGGCAGCCGCCCCUCGAUUCAGCACCUAUUCAGGCAUUCAGCGAGCCAGCGUCCUCUUCAUUAUCCAGACACUUUUAGCAAAAUGGAUGAUGUGGAAAAAGAUCUUGCUGGUCCGAAAACACUUGCCAUGUUGCACUUGCAAGCGGCUCAUCGCUCACAUCGUGUUUGGACAGACCCGGCAUUUGUAGACACAAAAGUCAUUCCCGUUAGUUAUGAUAGUAGUAUCCCUGCUCAGUUUCGAGACCCGAGGGUUACAAAGAAUUUGAGGCGGGCUGGGUUCUAUGGGGUGCACCGAGUGCAUCCCAUCAGAUUAUAUCAUGGUCUCAUCACAGCCUUGAUAGAGCGAUGGAGGCCGGAGGUGCACGCAUUCCAUUUUCCUUUUGGGGAAAUGGGAAUCACUCUAUAGGAUGUAGAGUGUCUUAUGGGCCUUGCAGUCGAUGGGUUGCCAUUUCUAGGUGCGCCGGCCUUGCUCCCGGAUCAGCGCGAUGAGGUUUUCCGUGAUAUCCUUGGAUGGGAGGUUGAUGCAAACGAUUUUGGGCGUCUUGACCAGUUCAAGAUUUUCAAGUUAGGCUGUAGAGAGCAACCAGAUGUGCAUUGGACCGACGAGCAGGUGAAGCAAUAUACUGCAGGAGUUAUUUAUGGGUACCUGGGAGGGCUCUUAUUUCCGGACACUUCCGGGAGGUAUGUGACAACUGAUUUUGUCCCAUUACUAGAGGAUUUUGACCAUACAUCCAAGUACAGUUGGGGUUCAGCCGUUCUGGCCCGACUGUAUAGUAGCCUUUGUCGUACGUCUUUGAGGACGAAUGAUGGGACACGACCUAGUGGGUGUGUCCUUCUUCUCCAGCUUUGGGCAUGGGCGCGGUUCUUGCCGAUCAGACCUGUGGUGCGUGACUUGCCAAAUGAUCGCCACGGACCUCUUUUCUUUGAUGACCCACACGGUGCUCGGUGGAGAGUUCGGAAAAGCUAUGCUCACACCGCGCGAAAUAAUGGCCGAUACUUUCGGGACCAGUUUGAUGGUGCCCUAUAUCGACAUGUUGAUUGGGAACCAUACGACGUCGAUAGUCUACCUGCAUACUGCAAAGCAGGCCAGAGACUGUGGUCUUUCGAGGGCAUAAUUAUUUACCGGUGGCAUGUCGAGCCCAUCAUGCCCAGACGGUUUGCUAGGCAAUUCGGCAAAUUGCAAACCAUCCCUGAGCUCCCAUAUCCGUAUGGCGCGGACAAUCAUAAGUGCGGAGGCACCCAUUCCCGCGAGACUUUGUCCGCAUACAUCCACGAGGGGAGAGAAGAUCGAUACAAUCAUGUCGUCUUGGAUCAGAUGGAGGCGCUUCCAUCCCCUCGCGACACCGGAGAACAUGUUGGGCAGGGUUAUCGGGAUUGGUUUGCCUUUUACGGUCGUCGUCUAAUACGGAACCCGGCUCACCACCACGACAACGGUGCUGAAAGCUCUGCUGCCGCACUUGUUGUUGCGGUUAACACUAUGACUAGGGUGAGGGAUCUCCUUGAGGCGUGUCCCGGAGAUCAAAACAAUGAUGCACAGAUGAUCUUGGCGCAAUGUAGGGAUACUCUCACUCAAACUUUAGAGGAGCUUGCUCGGAACAACUACAUCGGAGAUGAAGAUGAAGACGAACGCCGUGGUAACAGGCGACGCCGACCACAAGGAUGAUUGCAACCAGGGGCUGACCCAUGUUAGGGAUCCACGGGGUCCGGGUGACCAAUACGUAAUUAUGUAUACUCCGUAUAUAUAGAUCAGAGUGCUUCGUGCACCACAACCGCACCUCCGCCUUCCGCCACCGCGUAAAUGCAGUAAAUCCUCCUCCAAUUCAAAUUUUCAAAUUCCAAUAUUAUCAGGUAUGGUUUGUGAUGUAUUGAUAUGUGAAUUUGUGAAGUAUGAGUUUGUUUGUCAUUUGUGAUUAGGUUAGUUUUUACGUUUGGUUCAAGGAGUUUGAAUGAAAAAAAAAAUAGUUUUUCCUUAU